AUGUUCCUUCGCAACCUUCUGCAGUUGCAUUCACUCCACAGUCGACGGCGGUGGGAGCAGCGUAUCGCAUCGGUGCUCUCAGAACACGAGGAGAGUAAGGUGGAUGACGCGGCACGGCGCUUCGCUCGCAUCUACAAGGAGCGCCGUUACACUUCUGUGGAAGAGGCGUUUCCACUGCAUGACAAGGCGCGGUGGGUCGGCUUAUCAGAACCAUCGGGUACAUCGCCUGGUGCAAACCGCGCCGUUGCACAGCCGUCCAACCCGCACGUGCUUAAACUGGCCCUUUUGGGACCGCAGAACUCUGGUAAGACAUCAUUGCUUAAUGCACUUUCCUUAAGCCACAUUGGGGCCGUGAGUAACCGUAGCGGUAGCACCAAAGACUGGAUCAAGGGAGUUGCGACCGUGCAUAACACCCAGCUGGUAUUGCUUGAUACACCAGGCGUAGUCAUUAUCAACAGUGACAAGGACCGUCGACGGCACGCUGCACCUUCAGCGCGCGCUUGGGAUGCGUUGAUGGUGACGGAACUUGUCCUCCUUACAAUACCUGCAGGUCUUGGGUUUGUUGAACCUGAACAGAAGGCGGUUGCUCGAGAAGUCGUACAUCGUGCUUCUCUGCGUAAGAUGCCCGUUGUGUUGGUUAUUACAAUGAUGGAUAAGGUUCAGACUCCUAAACAUCGAGAGUUGUACUUUUCUAUGCGCACCGAUUUUGAAUCCAUGUGUUUGCCAAUUGCAGCUGUUCAUGAAACAAGUGUAAAGGGAUGUAGUGGCCUUUUAGAGCUUAAAGACUUCCUUUGCAGGUACGCCAAACCAGGGGAAUGGGAAUUCUUUCGCAACGAGGCAACCGAUGCCACCACUGUCGACCGGCUCUCGGAAUUGCUGCGUCAAUGCUUCUUUGAAGUCUUGCCGCAUGAGAUUCCACAUCAGAUGCGCCAUCGCAUCAUUGGAUGGACCAAAAAGGACUCUGGUACUACUGAAGUCAUAACAGAGGUUUUUUUUGAUCGUCCUGCUUACAUGUUUAUCUUUUAUUCUAAGCUGGAGGCAAUCUGUUAUAGGGCACAGCGUGUUGUGGAACGCGAGUUGAAGGGACGGUAUCGAUUUGUGUUCCAAGCUUUUAUUGCGCCGGGCGGAGUUUCCUCCAGAUGA